AUGCAUGUUAAUCUUCCCAGUUGGGGUAACCACAAUUCAAGAGUCUACUUCGUUAGGUCAGGAUAUUGGUGGCUCCAACGUCCGACCCAUUCUACAGAGACAACGUUUAGAGUGUGGAGAACGAUUGCGAAGCUGCAGGUUCUACCAAAGAUACGAGUUUUCACUUGGCGUGCGGCGCACGGAGGCCUCCCUGUAGGACGCCAACUUUGGGAGGCAAGUAUAAGAGAUGGUUUAUGUCCCAUGUGUUGUUUGGAGGAGGAAACUAUACUGCAUGCGUUGAGAGAUUGUUUGUAUGUCCAGGCAACAUUUGCCUUAGCAGUUUAUUGUGGGUUCAUAGUUCUUCUCUGGAUUGUGUGGAACGGUCGCAAUACCAAGACUUAUGACGACAAAUUGCAACCUCUAUGGCUUAUCGCGACCAACGCUAAGUUGCUACAACAGGAGAAUCUUUCGGCCCGGAACAACUGUGCUCAAACCAAACCACGUCAUCACUCAUCGGCCAGGGCUUUUUCUGCUGGUAACAGGACGCAUCCUCCUUAUCACUCGGGGUCUUCUAUGCAGGCCGAUAAUGGCCGUUGGAUACCUCUCGUUCAUAGUUUUGUCAAGGUCAACGUUGAUGGCGCCUUUAGUUCCCAACAGAGGUUAGCCACUGUGGGUGUUAUUGCUCGCGACUCGACGGGACUGCCGUUGCGUGGUAUGACUAUUUCCUCUCUUUCCUGUGUGGAAGUCGGAUUGGGGAAAAUACAUGCUUUUGUUGCUGGUUUAAAGUUUGCUUGUGAGAAUCAAUGGAAAAAGGUGGUGUUUGAGUCCGAUUCAUCCCUGGUUGUUAACAAAUUGAACUGUGUCACAGAGGAUCUCUCCACCCUUGGCUUUCAUCUCCAGAUAUAG